AUGCUAUGCAUUCUACGUGACUCGUCAUCGCUCACUCCUAUCAACGUCAGCAAUUGCAAAACCACUGGCUCCGCCUCCGGCCGUCCUACCGGGGGAUUCCGGGAAUCAGGGUGUCGUCUGAGCCACCUGUCCGAAUUGGUGCGUGAUGAGGCGGACCGGUUAGAGAAGGCGGGAUGCGGCGGCAACAGGAUCGUGUUGGGCGGGAUAAGUCAGGGUGCUGCCGUGGGGAUGUGGACUUGGCUGUUCCGUGGCGGUAGCGCGCUGCCCUUGGCAGGGUUCAUCGGUGCGGGUACGUGGUUAGCAUUUGCGGAUGAGAUAUCGCAGCUCUUGCAGGGCGUUGUAGCCGCACCCGACAACUGCUGCGAUGAGGUGAACGCAUUCUGGCGGAAGGACUGGCUCAAUCGCCCACUCCAUGGCCAUCCCCACCAUAUGCCGCCAUCCAGGCUUAUGCUGUCAGCACUCAUCAUGGACAGUCACUAUGCCUCACGCCUGUGUUUCCUCGGUCACGGUGUCGAUGACGGCGCCGUCGACGUUAGUCUAGGCAGACAGACAGGGCGUGCCCUGGAGAGUCUUGGACUGUAA